AUGCCUGAAGAUAAUCGCAAAAAUGAAGUUACGCGAUUAAGCAUAAGGAGAGGUCAAUUAAAAUCAGCAUUGACAAAAUUUUUAAAGUUUGUGCAAGACGAAAAGUCGGACCUAAUCGAAAUUCGGCUUAGAAGAGAAAAAAUUGAGGAAGCAUGGAGUGAGUACGACCAAGUACAGUUGGAAACCGACAUGCUAGAAGGGAUAAACGUAGAGGAACAGCAAAAUUAUAGAGCUGAUUUUGAAGACUCAUACUUUAAAGCCAGUACGAUUGCGGAGAAGAGGCUAUCUGAAUUGAGUAGGGUAGUCAGCAACGUGUCAGACGCUGUUGUAGGGAAUACGGCAGCAACAUCUUCAAUCGUAGCGACACCAACAGUAGCGGCGCCAGCUAUUAGAUUAGCCCCGCUAGAUAUCCCAUCAUUUCAUGGCGACUAUAAGCAAUGGACAACAUUUUAUGAUAUUUUUUCGGCAUUAAUUCAUACCAAUGACCAAUUGUUACAAUUGAUACAAAAUUUUUUUUAUUUGAAAGCGGCUUUAAAAGACGAUGCCAAACAGGCUGUUAAUUGUUUGGAAAUCACGGCGUCAAAUUACGCAGUGGCAUGGCGGACAUUAAUUGAAAGAUAUAACAAUAAAAAAAGUCUAAUACAAGCCCAUGUAAAAGCGUUAUUUCACUUAGAGACGUUAACUGUAGAAUCAGCAAUUAAACUUCGAGCGUUUACAGAUUCAAUAAAAGGACACAUGCAAGCAUUAAGAACCCUUGAUCAAGAGCCAGAGUCGUGGAGUCCUAUGUUAACGUAUUUAGUAACCACCAAGUUAGAUAGAAGUUGUCUUCGAGCGUGGGAAACGGAAUCGGCUCAGGACUCUCUUCCUACAAUUAUCGAAUUGGUGGAAUUUUUAGAAAAACGGUUUAAAAUUUUAGAAGCGAUCGAAUCAUCUAAAGCCAUAAAUCAGAGAAACGCAACAGCACCGGCUACCCAUAGUCAAGAUGUCAGAAAAUCUAUGGUACGGAGCAAUGCUUAUGCGGUGACAAAUUCGGACAAAAAAUGCUUUAAUUGUCACUCAAAUCACUCGGUGUAUCGAUGUCCUAGUCUUUUGGCCUUGUCCGUAGUUGAACGCAUUAAGCGCAUUAGUGAGCGCAAUUUAUGCAGGAAUUGUCUACAGGCACACCCUAAGAAAAAAUGUUUGGCUCGAGGCUGUUUCAAGUGUGGCAAUCCACAUAAUACACUUUUACACUUAAGUGCACGGACCGAUCAGUCAGAGUCCAACUCAGCAACAAACUUAACGGAAAAUUCGGAAAAUAGCGAGUCAGAACAAGUAGUUCAAAAUGAAUUAGCAACCGUUAGUGCACAUACUAGCUUACCGGCUGCUACGUCGAUAUUAUUACCAACCGCAGUUGUUUUGGUCAAGAGUAAUCGUGGUGAAUGGGAGCAGUGUCGCGUGUUACUAGAUUCUGCAUCACAAAGUAAUUUUAUAACCGAACGUAUGGCACAGAUUUUGCGGUUACCGAAAACCCAUGUCGACCAAAGCGUCCAAGGAAUUGGUGGAAACGUACAAAGAAUUAAAUCGCGCGUAAUGGUUACACCCAACUUCCGUUUAAAUGACUAUUCGGUAACAUUCUCAUGUUUAGUAGUUAAGAGCAUUACGAGUAACCUACCAGGCAUCCGACUAAAUGAUAGCUGCGUGGUGCCGAAAGCCAUAGUCCUAGCGGAUCCGUGUUUCACCGUGCCACAGAAAAUUGACCUAUUAAUAGGAGCGGGUCACUUCUAUGAUUUAAUGUGUGCAGGGAAAAUAAAGCCACGGCCAGGCGGUCCUGUAUUUCAGGAAACAAAGUUCGGAUGGGUAGUUGCUGGUUCAUCGGAAAAUCAGCUCAAUAGUAUAAGUCAAAAAACGGCAGUUUUCCUCACGGUGAAUGACAAUUCUAACCAAUCACUAGAAAAUAUACUGGCCAAAUUUUGGCGCUUGGACGAGUACACAGAAAAAAAUGCAUGGACGUUAGAAGAAAAAGCGUGCAAGAAAUAUUUUGAUCAAACAGUUCAGCGCAAUGAACAUGGAAGAUUCGUGGUACAAUUGCCAUUCAAAAGUAACGUAAGCCAAUUGGGUAAAUCCUAUGAAAAGGCAAAAAGGCGAUUUUUAUCGUUGGAGCGUCGUCUGCAAGCAAAUGCCGAUAUACGAGUAGAGUAUUCAAAAUUUAUGAACGAGUACGAAAACCUAGGACACAUGGAACUUGUGACGGGUGAGGAGUCAAAAGAAAAGGAGACUCAGUGUUAUUAUUUACCUCAUCGUGCCGUUAUAAAUAAUAAUAGCACAACCGCGAAGCUUCGAGCCGUUUUUGAUGCGUCAUGUAAAACCGACUCGGGUCUUAGUCUGAAUGACGUAUUAUUAAAAGGGCCUGUUAUACAGGACGAUCUGCUAUACAUCCUGGCUCGAUUUCGCAUGUGUAAAUAUGUACUAACAGCAGAUAUCGAAAAAAUGUACCGACAGAUAAUGGUGGGCGAGAGUCAUCGUGAUUAUCAGAGAAUUGUCUGGCGUGAUAAUCCAAACGGGCCAUUGAAAAUCUACCGCCUACGAACUGUAACGUACGGUACAAUAAGCGCAAGUUAUUUGUCAACAGCUUGCCUAGAAAAGUUAGCUGAAUGUGAAUUCAGUAGGUAUCCUGACGCGUGUCAAUCAUUAGUUAACGAUUUUUAUGUGGAUGAUUGGUUAGGCGGUGCAAUGAACGGGCAGAGGAUAUAA